ACACGUAGGAAACGGAGCGUCCAACUCGGGCCUCCACUGCCUAGUAGUCAGUCGCGCUCCGAGAUUCGAAGGAGAGUGUUGUACGACUCUCCGACGCUGUAUAUGAUAACGCGCGCUAACAAAGUUUUGCUUUUAGCAUCCAAUAACUCGUUAGAAUAUAAAGACAAUUUCUAGAUUAGAAUUAACGACGCUGGAGCACAUAUUUAACGUUACGCCUGUCGCAUUAAUCAUAACAAUUACCACAUCGAGCAAUCACCAAAUUGUGAAUUCCAAAGUUCUUAUAUUCGACGACACAGUAGCGGCUUCAAGUGCUAUAGAAAAAAAUAAAAAAACAAAAUACUUGACCAGAAGUAUCGAAUUCUAAUAAAUAUCCGAAGUGAUUGAUCCCCAGUGGAUUUGUCCGUUGGGGCCCUGUAGUUGGCAGGCGAAUUGUUGGCAAGUUGGUGCAGUGCGUUGCUCCGAAGUGAAGUGACUAUGAGUGCGUGACGAUAGAACCGUUGGAAUAGUGUUUACAGCCGAGUGGUGUGUAAAAGUGCAGUGUAUUCACACGGCGAGCAUGGCUUGCCUAUUGCAUUUCGCAGUCCUCCUCUUUGGAGUUGCCAUUUUAGGGGUAAUCGGACGCAGUAUCACAACCUUGGAGGCACCAAGGGGCUGCGAAUGGCGCAAAGAGGAAGGUGAAGAAGAGGCUCUGAUAUGCAGGUUGAGGACAAUUGCGAACGCACCGGCUCUCGUUGGAAACUUGUCUUCGAUUCAGGCAGAGUCCGUAUUAUCCCUAGGACUCGAAUGCAGCGACGUAUUAUUCUUCGAGAGCCAAUUAGACGGACCGCACGGUUUUCUCGCACCUCUGCCGCGCCUGCAAGAUUUCCGAGUCGAGUAUUGUAAGAUCCGGUAUCUCCCCGGUGGAGUGUUUGCGUCUAUGCAUUCGCUGCGACGACUAUCACUCAGGACUCAUAACAGCGACUGGUCAGCGAUGACCCUCGAAUUGCACCGGGAUGCCCUUCGCGGUCUUUCGGAUCUCAGGCACCUCGAUCUUGCGGAAAAUAACAUUUGGAUAUUACCAGCGGAGCUAUUGUGUCCCGUACCGAGCCUAUCCAGUUUGAACGUGACGCGCAACAAGUUGCAGGACGUGGUAUCCCUCGGGCUCUCGGAAUGGGCGACGCCGUGUGCCCCGAAACUCGAAAUUCUAGACCUUAGUGGAAACGAUUUGAGCGCUUUACCCGAUCGCGCUUUGAGCGGUCUGCGCAGUUUGACCGUUCUCAAGCUACAGGAUAACGCCAUCGCUGCCGUCGGAGACCACGCGCUCAAAGGACUCACCGCACUUCAGUCGUUGAAUGUUUCGAGUAACAAACUUGUCGCUCUACCGCCAGAGCUCUUUUCGAACACUAGAGACUUGAAGGAGCUCAUAUUGAGCAAUAAUUCUCUGGCUGUCUUGGCACCGGGGCUGCUGGAGGGUCUGGACCAAUUGCAGUCCCUCGAUCUCAGUAAUAACGAACUAACGAGUCGAUGGGUAAAUCGAGAUACAUUUGCGAGACUGGUCAGACUCGUCGUUUUGGACAUUUCAUUCAACGGUUUGACUCGCAUAGACUCUCACGUAUUCGCGGAGCUUUACAGUCUACAAAUACUCAAGCUCGAACACAACGAAAUCGACACUCUUACCGAAGGAUGCUUUGUAUCGCUGAGAAAUCUCCACUCCCUCACCCUUUCUCACAAUAAGAUUGCCAGGUUGGAUCCGGUGCAUACGGCCGGUCUAACAGCCCUUGGGCAACUUUUUCUGGACAGCAAUAACCUCAGAGCUAUUCAUCCUAGAGCCUUCGUCAAUCUGACGGGCCUGCAGGACCUCUCUUUGAGCGGUAACUCGCUGAAUGACGUACCGGAUGCAGUUCGAGAAUUACAGUCGUUGAAAACACUCGAUCUAGGAAAUAAUCAUGUUUCUAGAAUCGAUAAUGAAUCUUUCACCGGUCUCGAUCAGCUCUAUGGUCUUAGACUCGUUGACAAUAAACUGGAAAAUGUAUCGCGAGAGGCUUUUGCGUCCCUACCUGCUCUUCAGGUUCUCAACCUGGCCAGCAACACGAUAAGACACGUGGAGCAAAGCGCGUUCGCCAACAACCCCGUACUGCGAGCGAUACGGUUGGACGGAAAUCAGCUCACGGAGAUUCGUGGCGCGUUUACCAGCCUCUCAACUCUCGUCUGGCUAAACGUGUCCGACAACAAGCUGUUAUGGUUCGACUACAGUCAUCUACCUUCGAGUCUCGAAUGGCUGGACAUGCACGCAAACCAAGUGAGCGAGCUGGGGAAUUACUACAUGGUGCGAAACACCCUUCGCAUAAAGAUGCUCGACGCUAGCUAUAACCUGAUCACUGAGAUAUCCGAUGCCAACGUGCCGGACAGCGUGGAAACUCUAUUCCUCAACAACAACAAGAUUCGCACCGUCGCCCCCAAGACCUUCCUUCAAAAGACGAAUCUUGAAAAAGUUGUUCUCUACGGGAACGAAAUCAGACACCUCGAACGCAGUGCCCUUGGACUACAGCCGGUUCCUGCCGACCGAGAACUACCGAUGUUCUACGUUGGGAAUAAUCCCAUAUUCUGCGAUUGUAAUAUGGAGUGGCUACCGGCGGCCAACGAACUCGCGAGACUCAGGCAACACCCGCGAAUAAUGGAUUUGGACUCGGUUACUUGCGAAAUGUCGCAUGCUCGAGCCUACCCUCGUCGUCCACUUCUUUCUUUGAAGCCAAAAGACUUCCUUUGCCACUACGAGACUCAUUGUUUUGCCCUUUGUCACUGCUGCGACUUCGAUGCCUGCGACUGCGAGAUGACGUGCCCCGACAACUGUUCCUGUUAUCACGAUCACAGCUGGUCCAGUAACGUGGUCGAUUGUUCUAACGCUGGCUACAAUCACGUACCGGAACGCAUUCCAAUGGACGCUACGGAGAUAUACUUGGACGGAAAUGAACUCGGAGAUCUGGGCAGCCACGUGUUCCUCGGUAAACGCAGGCUCGAGGUUUUAUAUUUAAACAAUAGCGGAAUCGCGGCUCUUCACAAUCGCACAUUCGUUGGUGCUGGCGCUCUCAAGGUUCUCCACCUCGAGGGUAACGCCCUUCGCGAACUCAGGGGAUACGAGUUCGACCAGCUAGAACGGGUCGCCGAACUUUACCUGGACCACAACGCCAUAGCAACAGUUGGCAACACCACCUUCACCAAGUUGAAGGGACUGGAGGUAUUACGUCUCGACAACAAUCGCAUCGUUGACUUUCCUCCAUGGACGGCUCUUCCCAGCGCAGGAUCCGGUGUCAGGGUUGCUCUCGAGGGUAAUGCUUGGAGUUGCGAAUGUGCGAACGCUGCACUCCUCAGGACUUGGCUGACUCAGCACCCCGGAGAUUCUGAAAAAAUGUAUUGUCGGGAUGGGGCAGAAACGAUCGCUCAGGCGAUGCAACGCUGCGGCGAUCCAGCCACGGAAGCCGUCAGUCGUGGAGCUCAGGACAGUCCUCUCCUCGGCGGCAACUUCGUACCACUGUUAGCUGGUGCCUUGGUAGCGGUAAUAGCAGUUUGCCUAUUUGUCGCACUCGCCUUUGCCUUUCGACAGGAUGUCCGACUUUGGGCUCACGCGCGGUACGGCCUUCGACUCGGCAAAGCGACUCCCCCUUUGGACGAGGAAAGAGACCGAUUAUUCGAUGGUUAUAUAGUUUAUAGCGGGCGUGACGAAGACUUUGUGUCCAGGUGUCUAGCUGCAGAACUCGAACAAUCCGGUCUCGCUCUGUGUCUUCAUUGGAGAGACUUGCCACCGGCUAGACCGCAGGAAGCAGUUCCACCAGCUGCGGCUGCCGCCAGACGUAUUAUCAUAGUAUUUUCACCCGUAUUUUUAUCCGGCGAUUGGCAGCAUCCUGAAUUUCGUUCUGCCCUACGCACCGCCCUUGAAGGUAUCAGACCCAGCUGUCGUCGGAGACGAGUCGUACUUCUCCUGGCCACCGAGCCGCCAACCUGUGAUCCGGAGCUUCAACUUCUACUCCAAACUUGCACCGUGAUUGUCUGGGGUGAAAAACGGUUCUGGGAAAAGCUUCGAUUCGCGAUGCCAGACUCUGACAAACGGAGGGACGGCAAGAAACUCUCAUCUGACAGGAACCGUGCACCGGCGAGGUACACAGCGGCUCCUUCGGCAGUCGAUGCAUGGACCAAGCCAAACGGUAACCUCGUUGUUCCCGUACACGCACCAACCCCAACCCCUACCCAAUCGACCUACGUGAGCUCCGCAUCCAGCAGAACUGAAGACGAGGACAGCGGUGCCGAACACCAACAUCACGGUGGUUACAGUGCGUUACAUACGACCAAUGCGAGACCAGCGAGCCUUUCUUCACGUGGCAGUCAUCUUUACAGUACUAUUCCAGAACCGCCGGGGCCCAACGGGGUGCCGACCUCCAUUGCGGCCAGUGCAAUUCCUUCGGCCCCUGUUCCAACAAACCCAAGAACUUAUUUCGUCUAGCGUUACAAGCGAAACAAAUUCGGGGCACCUUUUUAUGGUUGAAAUGUACAGUGCGUGAGGUCAGUGCGACCGGAUUUCGUUUGAUCUCGGGAUGAUGUGUAUGAGAAGAAGGGCAGAAGGAAUGAGAACAAGACUUGAAGGCGACGGUCGUUCGCACUGCUUGCACGGUGUGGAAGGGACGAGCCCUUAUUCCUAUUACUUGAUUAUUAAUUUGCGAUCGUAUUGUAAAAAUAAAUUGAAUUAUAGUCUCGAAUGCCUGAAUGUGCGAGACCUCGUUCCUACAGACUGCUGGCCCCUUUUCAACGGGGGUCACUUAACGCUUACUAGGCCAUAAGAUUCUUUGUAAAUAGUGUACUUACUCUUGUAAAUAUCACCGCAUAUAUACAUAUGAAUAUAUAUUAUUGUGAAAUUCAAAUAAUUGUAUUCUUAGUAACUGAAUACGUGUUACAUAUUAUUAGGAAUUUAUUAUUAUACUAUACAUAAAUUAUAUUAUACAUAGUUGUAAAUAUGCCCAUCGAUCAUCUGAUGCAUUUGUGUCGACAAUUAUUAUUCUUAUUUUUAUAAUUAUGAUUAUUAUUCAUCAUUAUAAUGAUUAUUAUACCUUAAUAAAUUAAUUAUCAUUCGACAAUUACAGCGAAGAACGACCUCGAAAAUAAAACACGUUUCUUUUGUACA